UAAACGCGUCCCGCGCCAUCCUCGCGUCCAGUCGCACGCCCGGAGCACGCCGAGCACUCCCCCAGCACACCCCGAGCGAGCACUCCCUGAGCACACCCCGAGCACACCACCAGCGUUUCCAAGGGCCAGCAUGGCCACGUGCAAGGUGUUGGUGUGUGCGCUGGUGACCCUGGCGGGGCUGGCGGGGCCGGUGGUGCUGGCGGGACCCGUCGCGCACCGCGUCAGGAGAAGUGGUUUUGGAGGACUCGGAGGCGGUGGCGGAGGAUUUGACUUGAGCAGCCUCAAGAGUAGUUUCGGAUCGCUAGGCGGAGGUGGCGGCGGCGGAGGGGGAGGCGGGGGCUUCAACCUGGGGAGUCUCACCAGUGGUCUCGGCGGCAAGGGAGGAGGGGGAGGCUUCAACCUAGGAAGUCUCACCAGUGGACUGAGCCGCGGGGGUGGCGGUGGCGGCUUUAACCUGAACAGCCUCAAGAGCAGCUUCGGCGGCGGCGGCCGCAGCGGGGGUGGUGGAGGCGGCGGCUUCAACCUCGGCAGCCUCGGCAACAGCUUCAACCUCAACAGCCUCAAGAGCAGCUUCGGCGGCGGCGGCCGCAGCGGGGGUGGUGGAGGCGGCGGCUUCAACCUCGGCAACCUCGGCAGUGGCUUCAACCUCAACAGCCUCAAGAGUAGUCUCGGCGGGCUCGGCGGCGGCGGCGGCGGUGGCAGUGGGGGUGGCUUCAACCUCAGUAGUCUCAAGGGAGGGCUUGGCGGAGGUGGAGGUGGAGGCGGUUCUGGCUUCAACUUAGGUAGUCUUAGUAGUCUUAAGAGUGGCCUGGGUGGUGGGGGAGGCGGUUUCAACUUGGGUAGUUUCAAAGGCUGAUAGACAUAUCAAAAUGACGAUGUUUAAAAUGAUAUCCUAUCCACCGUCCGGGACGGGAGCUGCAGGGUGACCUUUGCCCUCCCCUGCCUCCCUGAAACCCCAAAGAAAAAACAAACUAUGAACUACUUUUUCCAACCGAACGCGUGACAUCGAGGCGCCCACGGUAGCCUCCGGUCGCUGAAUGGACCCGCGUGAGUGAGUGAGUGAAUGAAUGAACGGCAGGCUUACGUCACGACACACACCGCAUCGCCACUCCACGCCACGCCACGCCACACACUGCCAGCAACGCCAGCUCCAGGGAGGCGCGCACGGCGCACAGCACGGCCGCAUGCCCCAGCCCCAGCCUCCGGGCGACGCGCCGGGGCAAAGGGGGAGGUCAAGGCCUGCAUGGGGCUGUGAGGAGGCUCGGCCCUCGGCUCUGCUCGGGGGAGGGAGGGAGAGAUGCGCUGGCGAUGCAUCAAGUCCUGCCUCCCCUUGGCCCGCUUCGCGCAGGUUCGCGGCGUCUCGGGACGGGAUGCGGGAUACCGCGUACACGAGGUCUCCACGAAGCCCUUAUCUUGUACAAAUGAUGAUGUCCUCUGCAUAUAUGACAUAAGUGUAGUACAAAUGUACAAUUUUUUCAAUAAAAAUGUAAACUAGUACUUUA